UCUUUGAUUAACAUUUAAGUAUAAGUGGUAAAUCCUGUCACUGGAAAUUUGUAUAAAAAUCAUACUGGGGGCGAGAAUGUUUUUUGAGAGAUUUUUCAGAAAUAGGAAUACCAACUACAGUGUAAUUAAAUGAGAAAGGAAAAAAUGUGCGCGCAAACUAAGAGAUGAGCAUUUUUGAUGGGUGCAUUUCAAGUACAUGACAUGCUAAUACUAUGAAAUUCCAUGUCAUGUGCCACAUCUUUAUUUUUUUUGAGAAAUUAAGAGAAACUAGCAUUUGAAAUCUUUUUUCCCCACCUCUUCCACACAGCCUUUAUUCCUUUAACAAAUAUGGUCUAGCACAAAAUAUAUUGACACUGUUUUGUUGCAGUUAAUUGGUAUGUUGAACAUACAUCAAAAUGUAUACAUAUUUCAAAUAAGUGAAUGUCUAUAGCCAUAUUUUCAUAUUUAAUAUAUUUCAAACAAAUCAUACAUUGAGUUUCUAUAUCCUUCUUCUCUCUUUCUCCAGAUGGGAAAAGCAAUUCAGUAUUCAACACAUAGGUAAUCCUAUUGACAACGAUAAAAUAUUGGAAGUAAAAACAGAAAAAUGACUCAUUAAAAAUCUCCACGAUUUAAACUAAUUAAUUGAAACAGCCAGUAGAUGGCAGCAGAGGCCAAAUUGGAAAUGGCUGCUGUAUUUCUUAGCUCUUUCUUUCACAAUUUAAUUAUUUUCACCUAAGUUUCUCAAUAGUCUAAAGGUUUGUAAAUAAUUCUUAUACUGUAACCAUGAAGAUGACUAAAUACGUAAUUUGCAUAUCAUAUCAGAACCUGGAGUGAUUGCCCCUGCCAACCAAAAAGGGGAAAAUUGUUUCCACUUUCAAUUUACAGCUUUGGUUUCUCAUCCUCGCUGGAACGGAGAUGGGAGUUUAGUUCUCCGAAUAAUCGCAUUUGCGAGUGAUCAUUCAUAGCAACGCUCAUAAUCUCAUACUUAUGGAAAAAUCUGUAUUUAUUUACAAAAACAACCAAAGCAGAAACGUCAACCAGAGUGAAAUGAAGGAAAAAGAGCAGCACCAGGCCCCGCCGCUUCUCUGCCGCAUUGUCUGGCUCGCACAGCAGCCCCCCACCCCCCUCACGGUCUUACUCAAAACUGUAGAAAAUGGCGGCGAACGGUAGAGACGGGCCAAGGAGAGAAGUGAUGUGUCAGGAAAUCUGAUUGGUCAGAUUUUGCCGCAGCGCCCAAAUCCUUGAAACCCAGAGAGGAGCAUUUCCAACCCAAAACAGCCGCAAACGCGCGCCCCUCGCCCGACAGACGCACCAGAAGGGCAGCGAGACGACCCGCAACGCGCUUUGAAAGCGGCUGCUGUUUUAAGCAAGGGACACGGGAGACUCCACUAGAAUCCCCGGAGGUAGGGCUUGAUAAUAAGUCUCCGCAUCCCAACUGUGUGCGCGGCGGGGUUAUAGGAAUCCGGGGACAGGGGGCUCCGUCUUUAUUGUCCUAGAAAGCCUUGGGGAGUGUAACUCCCGCAGGGAACAGACACCUGGGGUGGGGGAGGGGAGAGAGGCGGGCUACCCCCCCGCCCCGCCCCUUUUCAGUUCUCAAUCAGGUCGCCACGCAGACAAUAUACCGAGACUUAGUGCCUCGUGUUCGGAGCGGGUCAGCUGUGUGUGAUUUGAUUUCGGCAUGUCUGGUCGCGGUAAGGGUGGUAAAGGUUUGGGGAAGGGGGGUGCUAAGCGCCAUCGUAAAGUGCUUCGGGAUAACAUCCAAGGUAUUACGAAGCCGGCGAUUCGUCGCUUGGCUCGACGCGGGGGAGUAAAGCGUAUUUCGGGUUUGAUCUACGAAGAGACCCGGGGAGUGCUGAAGGUGUUCUUGGAGAAUGUGAUCCGCGAUGCUGUCACUUACACGGAACACGCCAAGCGAAAGACUGUAACGGCUAUGGAUGUGGUUUAUGCUCUGAAGCGCCAGGGUCGUACUCUCUAUGGUUUUGGCGGCUAAACGGCUCAUUAAAGUCAACAGGAUAACCCAAAGGCUCUUUUAAGAGCCACCCACACUUUCACAAUAAGAGUUGAAUUAUUUUCAUAAUAUGGGCGACAGCUCUUCAGUUUAACUUGAGAAAUCCAAAAGUGGGUUUUUUUUUGUUUUUUUUUUAAGUCUUAAGACUCAUACCCGCUAUUCCUGUUUUAAAUGCGAAGAUCUCUACGGUACAGAUAAACUAGGAAUUCAAAACUGUAAAAAUGCUUGUACUUUAAAAAAUUUUUUACAAAAUCUUACAAUUUGGUGUCUAUGUUUAACGCUGCAAAGAACAUUAGCGAAAUUUGGGUUUUUAAGCCCAAUAACCCUCUACAUUGUUACUUUUUUGCAACUUAAUAAAAUCAAUUAAAAAUACAUAUAGCUCUUAUGUAAAGUAGGUCUGAAAAGAGCUU